GAAACAAGCGCUUCACUACCAUUGCGCCGAGAUGCAUCCACAAAUGUGGGCACUCUACCAUCAAAGCGACCCUGUAUUGCCCUGAACCCCCAAUGCCGUUCAGGAUACGAUCGUCAAUCGCUCAGAGUACCAAGCACACCACGGCCUUCCUCUUCGAGCAUACGUGCAUGCAUGGUGCCCCAUUACUCUUAAUCUAGUUCCCUAUCAUAUCCGCCUCGCCUAUUCGCCCGACCGUCGUUUGCCUUGUUCUACAUGGGUCUAGCAAUGACAAGUACAGGGUAGCGCCUGCAGCUAUGAUGUCUUCUUUCUCGGGAACACGCAAGUUCACUACCUGGUCCGCGGUACAAGCUGUGCAGCUAUAAAGUGGUGGAGUUCGUGCGACUGCAGCGAGAGUACGGUGAACCUGAGAUCUUUGCCUCCAGUUCUUGUCGUGUUGUCUGGGUUGAAAGUAUGGCUUCCCUCUUCAAUGCCGUCGCGGGUCUCUCGCUAGCCUCAGUCGCGCUAUCGUCGCCUGUUGCACCUCACAUUCAUACGCGGCACUACAACGCGACAAGUCCCUGCGCACAAGUCGGCACUGCGAUUGUAGGCAAGAAUGUUACUGCAGGUACCGCAAUUGUACCUGCUGAACUCGCAUGGGACUGCAUCAACUCCGUCCCAUUCAACCAGAGCGCUGCUCUCGCCCUGGUAGACGGUGUGGUUCCAUACUUUAAAUGGCAGAGUAACACCGUCUGGCUGAAGGACCCUCCAGCUGAAUACGCCGAGAAAGUGCAGCCAGCGGUUGAUAUCUGGGGCGAGCUCGAGGAGAUCAGGGAGAAGGUCAACGCAGGGGAGUACAAGAACGAGUACGAAUUCGGUUUCGAGCUCUACACCCUCUUGCAAAGCACCCAUGACGGUCACUUUGUGUACGUCCCCGAUGUUGUCGGCACGGUCUUCAACUUCGCCCGUCCUGUACCACUGGUAUCCGUUUCGAGCGACGGAAAGGAGCUUCCCCGGCCUUAUGUCUAUGCUGAUGUCCUGGCCGAGUCUUUCGGUAACGCUACCUUCACGCCUUCGCCUAUUACCCACAUCGAUGGCGAGGACGCCAAGGACUUCCUGGAGAACUGGGCUCAGUACGGUUCCCUCCAGGACCGAGACGCGUUGUACAACAAUGUCUUCUACGAGCUCGCAACUGUGUCUCUCGGCCCAGUUGGAUCUGGUAUCGGAACCUUUGCGGGAUCUGGCCGCGGUCGCUGGAUUUACCCUGGUCCUACCACCGAGCUUACGUUUGAAAACGGUACCAGCCGUACGUACGACAACUUUGCCAAGGUUCUGAUCCCCUUCGAGGGCAUUACCGACGGAGAGAGCCUCUACAAGCUCUGGUUCACUGGCAACCAGCCUGGAAGCCAAACCACAGCUUCCAACUCUACCUCGGCAACUCCUACACCCUCAGCCACUACCUCUGCUACACCUGUUCCCACAAUCCCCGCGCCGGGAUACCCGCCUCCAGUCCUUCGUGAAGCACACAACUUGAUUGGUGGUUACUUCCUCGAGGGUGACUACUCAGAUGUUGCCGUACUUUCCGUGCCAUCUUUCGUCGGAAUUGACGCACAGGAAGCGUUCCAAGAUACUGCCGCCAAGUUCCUUGCCCAAGCCAAGUCUGCUGGAAAGAAGAAGCUCGUCGUUGACGUUUCAGCCAAUGGCGGAGGUACCAUCUUGCUCGGCUACGAUCUGUACAAGCUCCUAUUUCCGCAAGACAUUGACCACGCGGCUGCUGACCGCUAUCGCGCCUUCGAAUCUACAGAGAUCUUGAACCGAAAGUUUUCUGAAGCCGCCGCGGGUGUACCGCGUGUGCUUGACAGCAAGAACGAAACACUGGAGGAUCUGGUCAACAGUGUUGUGUCCUCGGUCUUCAACUACCGAUCUGAUCUCGAUGUCAACAGCGAGAACUUCGAGAGCUGGCAGGACAAGUUUGGCCCUGGCCUCGAGCAGAAGGGCGACAACUUUACCAACCUCUUCCGGUGGAACCUCAGCGACGUACUGACCCCACUCAACUCUGGUGGUAUCUACAUUCACGGCUAUGGCCCACUUUCCAACUACACCCAGGCUCCUUUUGCCGCUGAGGACAUCGUCGUCGUUACCGAUGGAUACUGCGCGUCAACUUGCACUAUCUUUUCUGAGCUCAUGCGUCAGCGUGCUGGUGUCAAGUACAUCUCACUGGGAGGCCGCCCUCGCGAGGGUAUUACGCAAGCCGUGGGGGGUGUAAAAGGAACAAACAAUUUCCCGUGGACCUACAUACAAUCUCUGGCCCAAUACACCGUCGAUGAUCUAUCUACGCCUGAAGAAGGCGCUCAGCUCAACAAGACGGAACUAGGCGAGUACUACGAUGACACACCCUUUAUCCGCGCUUCCAACAAUGCGAUCAACGUCAACUUCCGCGAUGGUAUUCGCGAUGGAGACGAGACCGACACCCCUCUCCAGUUCGUCUACGAGCCCGCGGACUGCCGUAUUCUGUACACCAAGGCUAUGACUGUCGAUGUAACUGCUAUUUGGAAGGCUGUUGCUGAUUCAACCUGGGGCGGUGUUAGCCACUGCAUUGCCGGAGACCUCGGUGGUUACUCAACAUCCCGCAUGGCGAAGCGUGAGCUGAGCGUAUCCGAGAGGGCGCACAGCAAGAGGAUGCAGUCUUGGAGGAGGGACCUCAAGGCGGCUGAUUACCCGCUUGAUGUCAGGACUGAUCUGACCGGCAUGAACUUCGAUGGCAAUGGCAUGAUGUGGCCGUAAAUUACGGCUUGUCGACAUGAUAGAAUGAGGGCAAUCAUGCAUCUAGAGACGAAAUGAAUAUCGUAGUCUUCAUGCACCAAAUUUUGGACCUGUGACAUAUGUUGUAAUAGCACAUGCAAUGCUACCUGUGCGUUGAGAACAAUUGUCUUGCUUGAGUCGAAGCAUGCGGAACUUGUUUCACUUUGAUAUUUCAGUGUGAAUAUGCUAAAACUACGAAGGUUACUCAAGUCAGUAGCCUUUUGAGAUGGUGAAAGAACUGGGACUAACAUGGACCGGAAAGGUGAUGGCACAGGCAACUACAUACUGCUUCCGGCCUGCCAUGCCAAACCUUUACUCAGCCAUGUGAUGGUUUCGCUUCAGUGGCGUCACGCGCUUGCCAUUGAAAGUUCAUUUUGGGUUGCUUUGAGGUGGAUGUAUCGAGUGACGCAUCUAGUCAUACGAUGGGGACGAUUGCAGUGUUGGGAUCGAUUCUGACCUACCGUCCAAUGGU